AUGGCUGCACAACAACAAGAACUAGAUGAGAAGAACCCAUUCUAUGAGUUAGUUGUCAUUUGUAGUACUUCUGGUCAAUUUGACCAAACCGUCAAUUCGUUCAAAGAUAUUAUAAAGAAGUCUAAGUUAGUAUGUAUAAAGGAUACUGAGUUGUUAGAUUGGAUAAAGAAGUACCAAAGAAGAGUUUUGAAGUAUAAUGCUAUAAAUGAGUAUAUAAAUUCUAAGUUUAAAGACCCAAAUGAGGAAAUGCAGAGAAUAUUAGAGAAGAAACACUUCAGAAACAAACAGAAAGAGAUAGAAUACAUUUCGAAGAAAUUGCAAUCUUACGAUUGGAAGACUUACCCUCAUAGAUGUCUUCUUAUCUUAGAUGACUUUGCUUCUCAUCCUUUGUUAAAGAAUAGAGAACAAGAUAUGUGUCGAAUUCUUAAGAAGCUCAGACACUUUAACAUUUCAGUUGUCAUUUGUGUACAGACAGCAAAGAGUUUAAGUAAGGAUGUUAAAAGAAUACUUACUGACAUUAUACUUUUCCCCGGAUUGUCCGAAGACGAUUUCAUGGAACUUAUGAAAGAGUCCAUGGCAGGUAAGUUUGACAGACAUGAACUAUGGGAGAAGUACAAAGUCAUACAAGACCCUCAUACUUCUUUCAGAAUUCAUAUCUACGCAAACAAAGUUCAAAUUGUAAAAAGUCAAGCUUGA